AUGGCACCAUUCGAAGCCCUGUAUGGGAGGGGAUGUAGGUCUCCCAUAGAAUGGUUUGAAGUUGGAAAAGUGAAGCCAUUGGGGGUUGACUUAGUGAGAGAUGCUCAAGAUAAAGUAAGAAGAAUCAAAGCUAAGCUUCUAGCGGCCCAAAGUCGUCAGAAAGAGUAUGUUGAUCGCAAGGUGAGGGAUAUGACAUUCGAGGCCGAUGAGCAAGCACUUCUAAAAGUAUCACCCAUUAAAGGGGUGAUGAGAUUUGGCAAGAAGGGAAAACUCAGUCCUCGUUGCAUUGGACAAUUUAAAAUUCUUGAUUGUGUAAGGCCAAUAGCGUAUAGAUUGGCUUUACCACCUAACUUGUCUGGGGUGCACUCGGUGUUCCAUGUGUCUAUGCUGAAAAAGUACCAUGGGGAUGAUGACUACAUCAUUAAAUGGGACUCAGUGUUAUUAAGCAAGGAACUUCAGUAUGAAGAAGAGCUAGUUGUCAUUCUUGAUCGUGAUGUUCGGAAAUUGAGGACUAAGGAGAUCAACAUGGUUAAAGUGCAAUGGAAACAUCAUUCGGUAGAUGAAACUACUUGGGAGACAGAUAAAGACAUGCGAGACAAGUAUCCUCAAUUGUUCGACAAACAUGUACUACUCUAUCUUUAA